AUGUCUCAAGAAUUUACUUUCGCCGAGGUUGCGAAGCACAACACCAAGAAGGAUAUCUUCAUGGUCAUCCACGAUAAGGUCUACAAUACCACCAGCUUCGUUGACGAGCACCCAGGUGGAGAGGAGGUCCUGCUCGACGUUGCCGGACAAGAUGCCACUGAGGCUUUCGAGGAUGUUGGACACAGCGACGAGGCCCGCGAGAUCCUCACCGGCAUCGAGGUCGGCACACUGAAGCGCAUGCCCGGCGACCCAGUACCCAAGGCCCAGGUAUCCUCCACCACCGUCCAGCCUGCCGCGACCGGCAUGGGCAGCGUAGCCCUCUACUUCAUCCUGGUGACGGGUGGUGCGGCCGCGUUCUUCGCCUACAGAUACCUGCAAGGCGAGCAGUCGCAACAAUAG